UUAUAGAUCUCGCUCUGUUACCUCUACCACCGCCGACAUUUGCAGCCAUUUUACACAAGCCGAACGGAAUCAUGUCGUGAGGCAUCACAUCACCUGGGACGACCGGACCCAGCUACGUCUGGACCGCGACAAGUCGACAAGAUGGUGAAGCGGAAAAGCCUGGAUGAGACCGACACGGAGUGCGGCAAGGGUAUACCGUUCCCGAUCCAGACCUUCUUGUGGAGGCAGACCAGCGCGUUUCUGAGGCCGAAGUUGGGGAAACAAUAUGAGGCAUCUUGUGUGUCCUUUGAGCGGGUGCUGGUGGAAAACAAGCUCCACGGUCUCUCCCCGGUGCUGUCGGAGGCCAUCCAGAGCAUCUCUCGCUGGGAGCUGGUCCAGGCCGCCCUGCCCCACGUGCUCCACUGCACCGCCAUCCUGCUUUCUAACAGGAACAAGCUGGGUCACCAGGACAAGCUGGGCGUGGCGGAGACCAAGCUGCUCCAUACCCUCCACUGGAUGCUACUGGAGGCGGCCCAGGAGUGCAACCAGGAGCCCAGCCUGGGCCAUGGAUGGUCGGGGGGCAGCAGCAGCUCAGCCUUCCUCCAGCCAAUGGGGAUUGGGAACCAGGGUUCCCCGCCAGCCAGAGGUGGCCAAGGUGGCCCAGGAUCAGGCACCGGUUCUGGGUCAGGAGCGCCACGCCUUAGCGGGUCCCUGGAGGAGGAUGAGCACGCCCGCACCAAGCUCUUCCACAAGAGCAUGGCCACUGUGGAGCUGUUUGUCUUCCUCUUUGCUCCCCUCAUUCACCGCAUCAAGGAGUCUGAUCUGACUUUCCGAUUGGCCAGUGGUCUCAUCAUAUGGCAGCCAAUGUGGGAGCACCGGCAACCUGACGUCCCCGCCUUCUCUGCCCUCAUCAAGCCUGUGAGGAACAUUGUGACAGCCAAGAGGAACUCCCCGGUGAACAACCAGUGUAGCCCCUGUGGGUCCAGAAACCAAGGCCCCAUGGGCUUCCAGGUGGUCUGUGAAACGGCCCAAUCAGAUUCAUCCUCCCCCGGGGCUGGAGAGCAGAGCUGUCGCCGCGGCAACUCAGUGGAAAGAGGUGGGCCGUCAACGCGACAGGCUCCACUCGACAAAGGGAUCGCCAAGAAGAAGACCUCUGCCCCAGCGGGCAUCUCCGUCUCCCUGGCCCAGCGUGCCCGCUACGCCACCUACUUUGACGUGGCAGUCCUGCGCUGCCUGCUGCAGCCCCACUGGACGGAGGAAGGGGUGCACUGGGCCCUCAUGUUCUACCUGCAGCGCCUGCGUCAGAUCCUGGAGGAGCGCCCGGAACGCCCGCCGGAGCCACUGGUCCCGCCCCUGCCCCGCCCUCGCAGCAGCUCCAUGGUGGCCACCGCCCCCUCUCUCGUCAACACCCACAAGACUCAGGACAUGAGUCUGAAAUGCAAUGAGGAGGAUAAGUCCCUCAGCUCAGAGACCUUCUCUAAGGUGUCCCUGACCAACCUGCGCAGACAGGCUGUACCCGACCUUUCCUCUGACCUGGGGAUGAACCUCUUUAAAAAGUUCAAGAACCGGCGGGAGGACCGUGAGCGUAAGGGCUCCAUCCCGUUCCACCACACGGGCAAGAAGCGCCAGCGCCGCAUGGGUGUGCCCUUCCUGCUCCACGAGGACCACCUGGAUGUGUCCCCCACCCGAUCCACCUUCUCCUUCGCCAGCUUCUCUGGCGACGACCGGCGGGCGCUGGAGCGCGGGGGCUGGCAGGCUACCAUCAUGGGUACCAUACCAGAUCUGGGUUCAAACACUUUUUGA